AUGGGCGCCGGCGCCUCGACGCAGCGCUGGACCAAGGACGAGGUCCUCGCGGUCAUCGGCGUGGCCUGCGACGCGGCCGCCUUCGACGGGGCCGCCUCGGGUGGCACCAUUGACACGGAGACGCUCAGUCGCUACGCCGCCGACCCGAAGGCCGUUUUAUGGAGGAACCUCGAGCGCUUCAAGGAACAACAUAACGAAUUGGCGCCCUACGGUCGUGACCUGCGUGAUAUUGAAGGCGUUGCGCUGGACAAGUCAAAACGCCAGCGCGAAGCUAAUGGUUCCGAGGUCGACUUCGAGUCGCUGUACGUCGUGGCGCAACAGGCCCGCGACAUUUUUGGGGAGCUGGUGGACCAGGCGCUGCGCUUCAGCGAGUACGCCGAGGCGCCGGCGCCGGCGCCGGCCGCGUACGCCGAAGCUCCAGCUGAGCCCCUGUUCGUCGUCGAGCCGCUCAAGCCGCGAAGUCGCUGCGCCGAGAAGGCCAAAACACGCUAUGGAGGCGAUGCGGCUCGUAUUUUGGAUGUGGUGCGAGGAUCGAUAGUGGCAGAGACGGAGUUGGACCUCCUGGAGCUCUACGAGAAGCUUCGUCGCGGCCUGGAUAUCGUGCGCGUCAAGAACCGCUUCGACAAACCCGGUAUAACGGGAUACAAGGACUUGCUGUUAACGGUUGCCGUGCCUCUUGGGGAGGCGGAGCACCUCUGCGAGCUCCAGCUCCAUUUGCGGGAGGUCUACAGUAAGUCGUCCUACGCGUCGUACUGCUUCUUCCGGCCGUUUUUCCUCGAUGCGUCACAAACACAACUCAAACAGAGAAAGGACGUGCUAUUGACGCUGCCAGCUACCUACGAGGCUAUCUUGGCAGACAAUGGUAGCGUCGGCGCGCAGUUCUUCCGAGCCGUCUUUUUGGGGGCGGAUAGGGCUGUGCGAGACCGCGCUCUGCUCUUCGCGCAGCUCCCGUUGGCCGAAUCUAGUUCAUUGAAGGACCUCACGUCGCGAUUGAUUACGAGAGACGACCACCUUUUACUGGAAAGCGUCGCAGACCUCCUCGAGAGCGCGGACGUUGAUUUGCGAUCCUUGAGGAGGAAGAUUGUCCUGUUGACGGAGGAGGCCAAAGGGAAAGACCAUCGGUCAGUCGCGACGGCCCUCGUGAAGCUAGCUUCGUGCGAAACGGAGCCGACGAGAAAAGUUAAAUGUUUGACGCGAGCUUUGCCAUUGUACGAGCGGGAUCAUGGGACGGAUAGUGUGAAAGUCGCCGCCGUGUUAGGUAAUUUAGGAGCGGCAAAAGGCGCUCUAGGGGACGCCGCGGGCAUGCGCGACUGUCUUGUCAGAGCGUUGUCGAUCAAGGAAGACGUCUACGGUUCAAAUCAUCCGACCGUUGGGGUUACGCUGAAUAAUCUCGGCAAGGCUUUGACAGAUUUGGGAGAAGUCAAGUCCGCCAGAGACUAUCUCGAGCGAGCCUUGGUCAUAAACGAGCAGCAGUACGGGUAUACGGAUAUUAGAGUAGGGGUCGUGCUGAGUAACGUGGGCAACGCGCGGGGCGACCUUGGGUUAUUUAAAGAAGCGUCGGAGGCGUUUUCUAGAGCGUUAGAGAUCUACACGGAGCAUGGGGCUGCUCUAGCCAAUCCUUUGGUGGAUCUAGGUAACGCGCGCGGCUGUCUCGGCGACCACGCCGGCAAGCGGGACUUGUUUCAGAGAGCUUUACCGAUGUACGAAGCUUUACAUGGAAGGAGGAGCGAGCGCGUCGCGUAUGUGCUCGCGGGCAUCGGCGAGACGUAUGGCGACCUAGGCGACGAGCGGAUGGAGCCUAUGGUCGAAGAAGCGCUAUCGAUCUAUGAAGAGUUGCACAUGGAGCCGGAGGUCGCCUCGACGUUGCUCCUGCUAGCUGUCUGUAUGGGACAUCGAGGCGCCUUUGACAAACAAAAAGAACUGGUGGAGCGGUCCCUGACGAUCGGCGAGUCGGCCCAAGCUUUAAUUUCGUUGGCGAAGUCCCACGGUGCACUAGGCGAUGCGAAGGAGAAAUGCACACUACUGGAGAAGGCCCUCAACAUGGAGGAGCAUGAGUACGGUACUGACUCAUUAAGGUUGUGUGCGACGCUGUACAAUCUCGCGAACGCCUACGCGGCAGAUAGUCGAGGCAGCAAGAAGGUCGAAGUGAUGGAACGGAUCUUGUCCAUAAAAGAACAAGCUUAUGGUGAGGACGACCCUCGCAUAAGGUCGGCACUCUAUAGUGCAGGCGCGGCGCACGCGUCGUUCGGGAACGCGGAGCGACAGAUUGUUGUUUUGGAACGAGCCCUAGCUAUCGACGAACGAGAGUUCGGGAAGGAGUCGGUCAAGGUCGCCGUGGCUCUGACGACACUGGCCGAGGCUUAUAAAAAAAUUGACGAGGAGAAGACGGCGGCGAGUCUCGAGCGAGCCCGGGACAUCUUCGACCUGGAAGGUUUGGAUGGAGAAGGCAUUGUGGAGCGGGGCCCGCCGCCGGCGCCGGCACCUUAUCAGAGACCGGAUAGUCCAAUCCCGGAAAGCGAGGACGACGACGAGUCGUAUGAAGAUGAAGGCAUCGCCCCGGCCAAGGAGAAGGCGACCGAGCUGUACAAAUCUCUGCAAGCGCUGGAGUACAAGAAACAGAAGAUCCUCAAGGCUCAGGAAGCUUCAAAGGCGGAGGAACCGCAGGUCGACGCCGGGAUGACCCUGGACCUAGGUAGGGUGCCCUGGAUCCGCGCCGAGAAGGAGCACCUUGCUUUGCUCAGGGAGGAGCUGGGGGACGACUGGAGUGCCAUAGCAUCUCGUCUCGGUACCGGUCGGACGGCGCUCCACUGCGAGCAGCACGUCCAGGACGAGGCGCUGCGGGCGGCGGUGGCGGAAUGCGGGGAGAAGAACUGGGGGCUCGUGGGGGACCGGAUAGGGAUGAACGGCUGGCGCGCGGAACGACGGUGGAAGGAGAUAAGUAUGGGGAUGUAG